AUGGCUCCUCACGCGCUUCUCGUUCCUUUUCCUGCACAAGGUCACAUUAAUCCCAUGAUGCAGCUCGCCUGGAAGCUCGUCUCUCAUGGAUUCCUUGUCACUUUCCUCAACUCCGACAGCAAUCAUAACCGUAUGCUCAAAGCCAACACUCUAAAUUCCUUGCGUGAUAACAUCAGAAUGAUAUCCGUUCCCUUCCAAUUCCCAGCUAUGGAUACUCCAGAACGUCUUGCAAACGCUAUGGAGUUGUUGGAAAAGGGCAUGGGGCCUUCUGUAAUCGAUCAAGUUGUUCAGGAAAUAAACGCCAAGGAAGAAGAAAACAAGGUCACCUGUAUAAUUGCGAACGUCUGGAUGUGCUUUGGCUUACAGCCGGUAGCCAUGCUCCAUAAAGUUUCCCUCGCCUUUUUUCACACUGGUUACGUUUCACUCUUCGCCAUUCUCCACAUUACUGCCAAUUGGGUCUCGCAUGGCAUCCUUCCUUCAGAUGGAAUUCCGAAGGAAGAUAAAACAAUUCAAUAUCUUCCCUCCAUGCCGCCGCUGCAUCCUGGAGAGCUUCAUCGGUACUGGGCAGGCGAAUACAUGUUUCGGAAAGGGAUUCGCAUGGCAGAGGAAAUCAAGCACACUAAAUGGAUGCUCUUCAAUUCUUUCUUAGAGAUUGAAGCUCCAGUAGUCGAAACAUUGUCCAAAGAAGUGGGCGUGUAUCCAAUAGGCCCUCUAAUUGCUCCUGAGUUUCUCAAAUGCACGACGAGCACUAAGGUCCAACCAAGUUUCUGGAAAGAUGAGACGGAAUGCUUACAAUGGUUAGAUAAACAGUGUGCCCGCUCUGUGAUCUACAUAUCUUUCGGAAGUUCUACAGUUCUGAGCGAAAAGCAAGUGGAAGAACUUGCUCUGGGAGUCGAGGCCACCCAGAGGCCAUUUCUGUGGGUUGAAAGCAUCACCAUGGGCGUGCCCAUGCUUUGUUGGCCUUAUGUCGCAGACCAGUUUCUUAACCGCAUGUAUGUUGUGGAUGCGUGGAAAUUGGGUUUGCCAUUAAAUGCGAAUAGUCAAGGAAUUCUAGAGAAGGGGGAGUUUGUGAAAAGUGUAGAGAUUUUGCUGGAAUCGAAACAAGGCCUGGAGAUAAGAGAGGAGUCCAGAAAGUUGAAGAUAAUUGCUAGGGAUGUAAUCGAGGAGGGGGGCUCCUCGUGGAAUAACUUUAAUCUAUUUGUCACGGCCAUGAAGCGACCACCGAAUGAAUAA